AUGCAAAACGACACAGAUCUUAAUGCGCUUGCGCGACAGCUUACACAAGUUGGAUCACUUGGUUUACUCAAGCUUGUAAUUUCUAGUUUUCAUAUAGUACUGAUUAUAAUAUGCAUACCAUUAUUUAUUCGUGAGCGAAAGCAGCCCAUGAUUAAGCACAGAUCAUGGACAAUUAAUAUACUGGGAUGUGUGACAACAACAACAUAUAUCACUCCAUUGUGUUGUUUUUUGCCUACAUACCUACGACAUUAUUUUCUCCUCCAAUUACCUGUUCUUCAAACAAAGCUCUUGGACUAUGAUACAAUGGUGGAUCCUGAAAAGUACAAGAUUCACUCUCGUGCAUUAAUUCAAACAAAGUUUUUAUCAAGUGAACUUGGAGCUUGGACGUUCUUUUUAAUCAACAGUAUUCCUUGUUUUAUUAUUCUGCUAUAUUUUUUAUCCAUCACGAAUUUGGACAAAAUGGCGCUUGGACUACCAAACCCAACAGAUGCGUCGACUACAUAUAUCGGUUUGGCACAACUCGUUGUUUCUGGAGUGUUUCUUCUUUCAUAUGGUCCUAGAUCACCAAAAGAUAAUUUUCAAAUCAUGACCCAAUUCUACAUCGUCACUGCUUUGGCAAUAGGAGUUGUUUUGACCUCUUUGAUAGGAAUUGUAUCGGGAAAUUCAAAUGUCAUAAAAAUAUGUCAUAUAUUUUCAGCAGUACUGGUAUUUCUAACCGUCUCUGUCGACCUGAUCAUCCCCUUGCAGUUUUUGCUUACCAACAAGCGGUAUAAACUAAGUCCAAUUCGACUAUCUACUGGAGCUCUAAAGAAACGCUCAGUCAAAAAGCCAGGUCAUUCUAUGCGUGUGCAAGUAAACCUAAGUCAAGAAAAUGCACUCAGUAAUGGUAUUUCAAGUGGAGAAGGUGCAACAUCUGAGGGAUCUCGCUCAGUAAAAAGUCAAUCUUCUUGCGCGGGGAAAGUUGCAAACUUUUCUGUGCCAAAGAUUCUUGCUGAUCCUAUUCUCUAUGAUGCAUUUUGUGUGUAUCUUGCCCGUGAGUUUUCUAUGGAAAGUCUGCUUUUUAUUGAAGCGGUAAGGUGGUACAAGAAACAGAUUACAGCGUCUCCAACAAGAGACAAUAUUAUUGCACUUUCUGAAAAGAUUCACAACGAGUUUAUUGCUCCAAACUCUGUGAAUGAGGUCAAUCUGCCUAAAAAGGAUGUCAUGAGACUCGAUAGAGAGCUACAGUCUAUUCUUGAAGGAGAAUCUUCCCUGGCAAGCACCUUGGCUGUGUAUGAUCAAGCCGCAGCACACAUUGAGCAAAUGUUGACAUUGAACCACUUGCGAAAAUUCGUAGCAAGCUCCAUAUUUCGUGAAGCGACGGAAGCAAAGUAGGAUAUGGUUUAAAAAGUAUAAUAAUGUCCGAUACCUGUUUCUUGAAAAACUGCAAUAUAGCAGAAUUGUUCAAGAUUUAGCGUUUGUUCAUUUUGAUGGUUGAAAUUGCCACCUAAUUAUUGUAGAUUUAGUAAAAUGUAUUGAAAUAAACGAGAGCGAUACGUAUACGCAUCU